AUGAAAAGAACAAAGUACUUCAACACCAUGCCGGAGGUGCCCGACCUCUGGCCCAUCCGUAAAGCCCUCACUCUAUCCGACGUUGACAUCACCCACCCCUUCCUCACGCUGCCACGUCAGCAGGUGGAGACCCACAUUGUAAUGCACAUGACUCCCCAGCAGAAGGCGCACCUCCAAGCCGAGGGCCAGGCUGGCCUUGAUGCCUACGACGACGACACAGGUGACGCCUAUGCCAUGAAGCUCAAGUGGCGCGGGAGCUACUAUAACCUCAUCGGCAAAUGGGGAAAGAUUGUCCGCGGCAAGGGCCUCGACGUGGGCCAGGAGAUUCGCCUCCGCUGGUUCAACUCCUGCCUCUACUUUUCCGUCUCCCAGCAGCGCCUGGCCGGCCCUCCUCCUCCUCCUCCUCCUCCUCCCCCACUUGCUCUACCGGCGCCACCUGUCCCCAUCCCGCCCCUGCGGAUGAUCCCAGCUGCCCCCCCACCCAUAAUCUACGACCACUGGCCCAUCCGGAAGGUCCUGACCUCGUCUGACGUGGACCCCACCCACCCGUUCCUCCCCUUGCCCCGUAAAUCGGUCGAGGAUCACAUUCUCGUGCAGUGGGCCCCACAGGAGAGGGAGAGGCUACGGAAGGAGGAGCACGUGUGCAUAAAUGCACGGGACUACGACACGGGGGACACGCACGAGAUGAAGCUGAGGUGGCACGGGAACUACUACAACCUCAUCGGGAAGUGGGGGAACAUAGUCCGGCACAGGGGACUCGUAGUCGGGCAGGAGAUUCGGCUGCGGUGGAUGAACGGCUGCCUCUACCUCUCGGCAGCAGAUGUAGGUUGCAACGAUCCGGGCGGGGACAGCUGGCCUGUUCGGAAGGCCCUCACACUGUCUGAUGUGGAUAUCAACCACCCGUUCUUGACUCUGCCUGGAAAAGCAGUCGAAGAUCACAUUCUGUUCUACUGGAGCCACCAGGCGAGGGAGCAGCUGAGAAAUGAUAGGCAGGUGGGCUUGAAUGCACAGGAUGGUGAUACAGGGGAGUUGUAUGUGAUGAAGCUUAAGUGGAGGGGAAGUUAUUAUAACUUGAUCGGUAAAUGGGUGAUUGGGUCGUUUGUGCAGGCAUCAGUCAAAGAGAGCAGGAUGCCAGGGAGUGGCAAUUUGGUGAUUUUCAACAAACGGAACCUUAAUUCUGGUGCCAAUAAGGUUGAGAGUUUGUGCAGGAACGUGUGA